GAAUAUUAUAUUUUUCGAAGAAGAUGCCUACUAUACGUAGAUUCUGCUGCGAUGACGAGACUGGCGAAAUUAUGACUUACAUGGUAAACGAUGAAACUGGUGAGCCUUUCGUAGAGAAUGACUCUCCUGUGCACAGUGGAUCGAGAAGAAUACAGCAAAGAGCAGAGACAGUCAAGAAUGCUAAGUUUCCGAAAGGGUAUAUUACUAAAACAAAGAAGUUUCAGUCUUUGAAAGAGCGCAUCAUUGCUGGUUCCAACAUAUUCAGCCACAGACUUCUCCUUCUACCGACAUUGACCGUAUUUCCUGCAUAUGUGUGCACUUUUAUUGUUAUGUUAGAAGUAUAUCUUCAUUUGUGCUGUCAUAAACACAACAAACAUUUGAAAGAUCCGAAUUUGUACUAUCGCAGCCCUUUUCACAUGAUAACCAGCACCUUUUGUGGUGUGUGUCGAGACUGUGACACUGCUUCGCGGAUCGGCCAGCUCCAAGACCAGAGACGCAGUCGAUAUGAUUACUUUAGGAGCAUUGCCAUUUAAAUAUGCAUGAAAUAUUACUACAAAAGACAAGAUUUAAUUAGUGGUUGCGGUAAUAUAAAUGAAUAGCAAAAUCAUUUUCAGAUCAAAUGAUUCUAAACCAUUCUGUAAUGUAAAAUUUGAAAGAUUUCACAAAGGAAGUUUACAUAGUUGAAGUAGAAACAUUUGCAGCAAAACAGUAAUUUAAAAGCAGCCUACCUAUUCAGUGUAGUCCAUUUAAAUGAUAAGUCUGUUUUAGUCUUCCAUUACAUAUUUGUCCUAUUGAAUUGAUGAUAUUUUUGUGCCUGUAUCUUAUAGUUACAUAGUUUAGUAAAAAAAUUUGGCUGUGAUGUCAUAAAUUUUAAAACUUGCUUAUAUCAAUGUUAACUAUGUAGAUUUAGCAAGGUGCUGGGUUAAUAAAAUCUCUCGGUAUUCUAGGUAACGACAAUGUAGCAUUUGUAUAUGUAUGGAGUUUAAUGUAGUAACGAGAAACUAUAGUAGUAGAUAGGUUAGUACAUAAAGUAUUAAGAUACCUAUUUAGCUUGUAACCUGAAACUGCAAGUGCGAAUUCAUAACAUUAAUGUUACUAUGUCUCCUCAAAAUGUGAAAUUCCCCUAGGUAGCUAAUAAAUAUUAAGCUCCCUAUAAUCAUUAUAAUUGUUGAAAUUCUGAUAAUUUAAUAUUGUGAUUCUAGAAAGUACAUGACAUUAUAUUAUUAAAACGGUGUUGGUGUUUAAAACUUUUAAUGAUCUGGUAUUGUUAGGAUAUUUUUGUCAUUUAUUGAUAUUAUUAAGUGUACUUUACUGCUAAUAAAGGUUUUAUUGAUAACAAA